CAGAGACAGGAAAAGGAUAGACUGACACGCGGCGCGGCCUAUCGUAGAAAUCCGGGAUGGAGAAACGUGGGGCUACGAUUUCAGCAACGUAGGAAGCUUGCCUUUGCUCCGUUGGCCGACGUGGCUCGGCGUUGCCUGGUCUGAAGGGUAGCAGCGCUCCGGAACCGCGGGUGUCAGGCUGGGUUCUCUCUCGCAGCCCUGCCUGGGUUUGCUGGAGGGAUGUGGGGCCAAACGUGGGAGGACCUUAUGCAGGCGGAGCUGAUGCACUGAGCUACGGCAAGAUUUAAUUUUAUUACUUCCGUGUGUGUGCGUAUAUGUAUACAUACAUACAUAUAUAUACAAAAUUUUAUUUUAUUUCAAUUUUAUUUUAUUACUUCAUCAUAGACAUAGCAAAAAUAGGAGUGACUUAGUUCAUUAGCCUUAUUAUAGCACUGCCGGUCUAGAGCGAACGGCUUUCCUCCUUUAUCUCCCGAUGCGGAAUAUUUAGGGCUUUCCCCCCAUAUAUACGUUACACUUUAGAGCAGGCGUAGAGCACCUAGGGCGAGAAUUACAGCCAUGGGCGUCUUUCAAAUCUUCCCGUGAAUGUAAAGGCUACACGAAUGGAAAGGCUACACGCGAUUCCACAUUUCUAUCUCUAGAGUGCUUUCAAGUUCCAGAAGAGUGAUGGGACGUAACAUCUAGUCGUACACGUGACUUCUUGACCUGUGCGUUGCUCUUGCCUUCCGCGUCCCCUAUUGGCUCCUGGUCCGGCCAAAGAGAACCUUCUUUCGGCUUGUCCUUCGUGAGAUUAGUCUCCGCCACCGACGAGCCAGUGAUCAGGGUUGAUGCAGGUAAGAGGGAACCUCAGGGCGGUGCUGGCAACCAGGGAGCUUUAUGGAAGAACCCCACCCCCCAUCUCCUCCUUUCCGUGGGGAAGAGCCUGGCUUGCCUUUUGGCGUUGUGGAAGGACACGCGUGUCCGUUGGGCAAGAUGCGUGUUUGUCACAUGGCGGAUUUGCUCGGUUUCAUGGGUCUGGGAGAACCGUUUAAGAGACCCGCAGGCAACCCAUUUCUCCCAACGUGGAGACUGCCGUUUGCUGGAUCCUUUGCAACUGUUCCUUGAGGCGCAGGUGGCCUGUGUCGCAGAGUGCUUUCUUUCUUUUCUUUCUUUUUGAUAAUUUUUAUUAGUUUUCAAUUAGAUUCCAAUAAUAGCCUCAUUAUAACAAUACCAAUUUACAAUACAAUUAUUCGCAGAGUGCUUUCCAUCAGCUUUGGCUGGUGGCCCAUAUCUGAAGAGGGAAAGCCCAACUACUGCUCUCUAUGCUCUGGUAAACUCUAGGUUAGACUACUGCAAUAAAUACAGUCCCAUCUAGGGUGUGUUUCAUUAAUCCAAACGGAUUGUACCUAAGGUAUGUAUCACCAUAGCCAGAUCUGACAUCUCCAGGAAUGGGCAUAGCUGGCACACAAAUUUAUGCCAUGACAGACUAAUGUGUUGUUUUCAGAAAUUUCCUGGAUUGGAGCCCACAGCAUGCCAACGAUUUCUUAGAUGCACAUGGGACUGAAAUUGCAGUCCCAUGCACAUCUACUUAGAAGUCCCACUGUGCGCAGUGGGACAUAUUUCUAAGUAAUUGUGCAUGGGAGUGCAGACUAAAACUGUUUUUCCAUCUCUGUGUUGGGGAUUUGCUGUGUGGCUUUGAGCAAGAAAUAGUGUAGUAGAUCCAUUGUAAUCAACAAACUUAAGUUAAUCAAUUGAAAUCCAUUUUGAGCAUAUUAGUUGGAUACAGCCAGCGAUAGGCACUGCCAGAAUGUCCAGCAUCUUGUGUUUCUAUCCUGGAAUCAUUUUCCUUUUAUGUCAUCAGAGUUCAUGCCAUUUCUUUCCUAGUCAGUGUCCUCGUCUUCCUCUUUUACUUGUAUUCCAGUUGCUGCUAGUAGCUCUUGGCUAUGCCUGCAGGAGUAGCUUGGCCUCGCUACCUGAAAAUGUUCAGUGCAAGUAUGUUGGCCAUGUUUGCUGGUGCAGAAGUUGUCCAUCGAUAUUACAGGCCUGAUCUUGUAAGUGGCUUCUCCCCCCCCCCCCCCAUUUAUGUAUUGGUUUGUUUGAAAUAGUUGACCUUUCAACUUCAGAAGGACCCCCAGGACAGCUUACAUCAAACAACACAGUAACACUGGGCAUACACUUAUUCCCCAAUACAGCUCCGAGAGGUAAUAUAUCUCCCAAGACUGUAGGUUGUGUGUUUUUUACUGUCCAUCCCAGGAUAGACAGUAGCCUAGGCCUUAGAUGAGCUGCUGAGCAAUAAUAGUUGGAUCUUCUGUUGCCUGGAUGGCUUUGAACACCUUACUCUUUUCCCUAAGCCUGCAGAUCUGUGUCCAAAGGCAGUUCAAAAUAUUCCUUUAUUGUUUUAGCCUUUUAUCCAUUUUGUGCAUUUUGAAAUGGAGUGUGGGGAAUUUUUGGCCCUCCUGAUGUUGCUGAACCUAUUAUCCCUGCCCAUUGGCUGUGCUUGCUGGGGUUGAUGGGAGUUGUAGUUCAGCAAUACCCAGAAGCCCACACCUGGGUUAGAGCUAAUACCUUAUCAUGGUUCAUGACUUAGAAGCUUCCACUAAGUGUGCAUAUAUUCAAAGCUAUAAAUUUAAAAACUGAACUUGUGGUUCUUGGUAUCAGUAUGACUUGCCUUUUUUCUUUUUUUAGACAAUACCAGAAGUUCCUCCCAAGCCUGGAGAACUCAGAACUGAACUAUUGGGGCUCAAAGAAAGAAAUCAGGAAGUUCAGCCUUCACAACAGUGAUGAUGCAAGGAUUAUGUUCCUCCACAAACUGCUCUUUCGUAUUUAUAAUUGAACCUGUGCAAUUUCAGAGUUUUCUGGCAACACUGGCUAUACAAGUCAUCUAGUGUAUGCCCAUUUUCUGGAGUCAAAAUGUUUUUACUUCCUCCCAUGCAAUACAAGGCAGUCUUUUACUUAGCUGUCUGGUUUGUCUCAAUAUGUACCUGUAGCAUUGCUCUCUCUAUAUGGCACAAUAUGCCAGUACUAUUUCCCCCCUUUUCCUUAAAACCGUUUCUGUAGGUUUUUGAUGAGGUGUUAAGCUUUUCUACCCUUCUGCUGAAAAAGGUCUGCAGAGUGACUUUCAGAGAUCAAUGAGCCAGGUUGUCAGCCCAAGGGCAGGGACUAAGAUGUGACACAAGAGCAAAAGGUAUCUCAUAGAAUAGGGACACCUAUUAAUAGAGGAUCAUCAACCUCCUGCAAUGCAGAAAUAUGCAGCUGUCCGUUGAAGUACUAGUUCUUGGUUACACAUUUGGUUAGUGUCAAUCAAACACCUUGGAAAGAGUUGCAAUGCACUUGCAAUGGACCUUACAGACUGGCUAUUUGGGGCAUAGGAAGAAAUCUGUCAGCCCCUCAUCAGCCCCUCAUCAGAGCAGAUACAUCCAUUGCUGUAGGCUGCUCACAAUUCUAUAAUGGGCUUCCAACAAGCAAGGGUGUCAAGCCUACCUUAAAGUGGCUGUAAUGGAGGUGGAUUUGCAGGUUGGGGCCUUGUAGGUUCUAGCACUGCAGCCUCUGCAGUAAAAGGCAGCAAAAUGACACCCACUAAAGAACAGUUGGUUCCAAUGGUGGGAGGGUAGCCCAGUUGAUGAAAAUAAUGGGAACUGGAGAUGGAUGGUUGCCUCCUUGGAUUUUCACUCCCUAAAAGUGGUGGUGCAAUAAACUCACGUUUCACAAAGCUGCGUGAAGUGUGCUUUCUGUAGGC